AUGACGAUUUCCUUCCUCAGAGAUGGUAGCCAUAGGUUUCCGCUGUCUGAUAAACCACAAGUCCCAGCAAGCCUUCAGAUGUUAAACAGUCCUCACUGUGGUUUUCUUCUGAUGGAUUAUAAGAGCAGAGAUGCUAUGUGGCUAGAAAAAGCCCAAAAUAUUUUUACUAUUGAAUCUACACAAGGAACAGAAUCAUCUCACAAAAUUGCCUUAAAGAAGAAUAUCAAAAAUUUGAUGCAUAAACGUACUCGUAUAUGGUGGAAUAAAGUUUUUUUACAGAAAUACUUAGCCAGUGGAUUAUUACCGAGAGGCCUUCGAGUACAAGUUUUCCCGUCCUUUCCUAUACAGGAUAAUGAAUUGAAAAAUAAAUGGGAGGAAGCAUGUAAUAAAUGUUCACAGUCAUUCCUGGAGUUAUUAAUUAUACAUAAUAGCCAAACUCUGGAAAUAUUAGAGAAAGAGUUGGAAGAUACACAGAAAACUUUUACAAAGGAUUGCUCUAAAACAGAAGUAGAAACAUUUAAUAAAGAACUAGAUGAGAAUAUGAAUGGAUGGGAGAAGGAAAUACAGGAAGUAAAAAGUAAGAAAUAUCAAAGAGAUUCAACAGAUGCACAAACCAAUAGAGUGUAUAAAUGGCGACAAAAUCGAAACACCAAUGGUACAUUGAGACGAACAUCCUCUGUCUCUUCAAUUGCCUCUAUGAGUACUGAGUCGGCUUCAUCAUCUACGUACAGACAUCCCCAUAGUAACAGGAAGAGGAAGUUCGAAUAUGGACAGAACAUGAGGACACCUCAAAAAAGACGUCAUCCGAGCUAUAAGGAACAAAACCAGAAUUGACCAAGAAGCAG